AUGGAAAGUGAGGGUGAGAUAGGAGGCAUUGGAUGGUCCUUGUUUAGCAGAGAAGGCAUUCAAUAUCUCCAAGGCUCUUCAUCUAUAAGAUUAACAAAUACGCCUAUUGAAGCAGAAGCGCAGGCACUUUUAUCAGCUGUUAAGAAGCUAAGAGCAUUGAGAUACAAGCUUAUCACUUUCUUAUGUGACUGCAAAUCUUUAAUGGAUGAGUUGAAUAAGUUCACUAAAGAUUCAAUAAUCAAAAGACUCCGUAACAAGGAAGCAGCUUCCAUGAUACAUGACAACUCGAGUCUUCAAAGACAAAUGCAUUUACCUUUUGUUAUGUAUCUAGAAACUCUUUGCAUCAUGUAG